GCACAUGCCAAAAACAAAACCCAACAUUCUUGUCGUCUUUCUUUCGUACACCUCAGAAGCACUUGUGUUCAGAAGAUGACAAUGAAUGAUGUUGUUGUCCCCUUUUCUUGGUUCCGAUGAAAGUUUCUUCCUUGGAGUUUUGAUGUCUCUAAUCAUCACCCAACCUCGAAAUUCCGAACUGGGUGUCCUUCAUUUUUCCCUUUCCUUCAUUGUUGCGUGCGUGUAAAGUUGGUGAUCUUCUUCAUUGUUGACUCAAGUUUCAUCAUCACUUGCAAUUCUGAGUUUCUGGGUCUCCCUGAAGUGGAUCUCUACUCACAGUUUUGAUACACACUGCUCCCUUUGUAAAUUUUUGAAUCCCCUUGUGAUAUGUGUGUGCAUCUAUUGUUGGACUUGAAUCAUCUGUUAUAGCAAGGAAGUUACAGUUGUUCAUUUCCUCUAGUUUCUUUGUUGAUCACUGUGGUUUUGGCUCAAUUUUAGUUACUGAAUUGUAUAUAACUGCAUAGGUCUAUAUCUCAUUUAGUUCACCUACCACUACAUGCUAUUUUUAUUUUCUGCAAACAACAAUUGCAAAUCUGCUAGACUGUUACUACAUUGAAAAUUAUCAUUAGGUCCUUUACUAACUGUAAAUUCUCUUUUUUUUUUUUUUAUGAGAAAGAGAAUAGUAUUGUGCCAUUCAAGCUUAAAUUUCCAAUUUUGGUGUUCAUAUAUUGCCCUAAGGAAAUUUGUGCAAAACCUAUAUUGGUUUUCAGCCUACUUAGCCUGCAUAUGCUUUAGGCACACCACAGAACACCAUGUCAAUUCUGUGUGGCAUUCCUCUUGUUGAAUGUGUAUAUUGUCUGGCUUGUGCUCGAUGGGCUUGGAAAAGAUGUCUUCACACUGCAGGCCAUGACAGUGAGACUUGGGGCUUUGCAACAUCAGAAGAAUUUGAGCCUAUCCCUCGCCUAUGUCGCUAUAUUUUGUCUGUGUAUGAAGAUGAUCUUCACCAACCUCUUUGGGCUCCUCCUUGUGGCUAUGGAAUUAACCCUGAUUGGUUGAUACACAAAAAGACAUACAGAGAUACCUCUGGGCGGGCUCCACCCUAUAUGCUGUAUCUUGAUCAUGGUCAUGCUGAUAUUGUCCUUGCCUUUAGGGGUCUAAAUUUGGCAAAGGAGAGUGACUAUGCAGUUUUAUUGGACAAUAGAUUAGGGAAGAGAAAGUUUGAUGGGGGGUAUGUUCACAAUGGGUUGUUGAAGGCUGCUGGAUGGGUUUUGGAUGCUGAAUGUGAAGUCUUGAGGGAGUUGGUAGAGAAGCAUCCGAACUACACUCUCACUUUUGUUGGUCAUUCCCUUGGAUCUGGUGUAGCGGCUAUGUUGAGCAUGGUGGUGGUGCAGAAUAGUGAUAGGCUGGGAAAUAUUGAGAGGAAGAGGGUCAGAUGCUAUGCCAUUGCACCUGCUAGGUGCAUGUCGCUGAAUUUGGCAGUCAGAUAUGCAGAUGUCAUCAACUCCGUCGUGCUGCAGGAUGACUUCUUACCAAGGACAGCCACUCCAUUGGAAGAUAUAUUCAAAUCUCUUUUCUGUUUGCCAUGCCUAUUAUGUUUGAGGUGCAUGAGGGAUACAUGUAUACCAGAGGAGAAGAUGAUUAGGGAUCCAAGGAGACUCUAUGCACCUGGUCGCCUUUAUCACAUUGUUGAGAGAAAACCUUUUAGAAUGGGGAGGUUUCCCCCAGUUGUGAGGACAGCAGUGCCAGUCGAUGGAAGGUUUGAGCAUAUAGUCCUUUCUUGUAAUGCCACAUCUGAUCAUGCCAUCAUUUGGAUUGAGAAAGAAGCCCAGAGGGCUUUUGAUUUGAUGCUGGAGAAAGAUCAUACCAUGGAAAUCCCUGCAAAGCAAAAAAUGGAGCGUCAGGAAACACUAACUAGACACAAUCAUGAAUAUAAAGCAGCGCUACAAAGGGCUGUAACAUUAGAUGUUCCACACGCUUAUACACCACCAUCACAGUAUGGCACUUUUGAUGAGGAAGGAGACGAGAGCUCAAAAAGAUCACAGGGCGAGCCUUCUUUUGAUUCAACUAAUAGAAGCACAGUGGAUGAAAGCUGGGAUGAAUUGAUUGAGCGUCAUUUUGAUAAAGAUGAUGAGCAUGGCAGCAUGGUGCUGAAGAAAGAAUGAUUCAACAAGCCAUUUUAGCAUGCAUGAGAAUAAUAUUUAUAUAAUGAAAAGCAAAAUUUGUUCAUUCUUUCAUGAAUUUUUUUGUCUCUUGUUGUGGCUCAAAGCUAGAACUUGAACGAAGAUUAAUUUGUUGGCGGAAAUAAAUUGCAAAGGCAUAAUGCAGCAAGCAUCUGAUGUUUCACAUUGAGCUUCUAAGCAGACAGCAAUCAUCUGUGCAAAAACAUUUGGUGAUGUUCUAAAGCAUUCUGCAAGCUGCUGUAACGUGUUGUAGUCAUCCAAAGUCCAAACUGAUUGUUUUGUAUAUUAUUUUUUAUAUAAUAUAAUUUUUUUAGCAAAA